GUGUGUGUCAGAGGGAAUUUAGUCACAGGAGGAGGAAGGGGACAUAGAGGCAGGGCGUAAAGAAGGGGGGAAAUACAAGACAAGGGGACACAGGUUAGGAGGAAAAGAUGGCUGAGCCCGAACUGAAAUUACGUAGCAGCCGGGAGAGCAUCGCCAAGGAGAAGAAGGCGGCUGAAGCAGACAUGGACCAAGAUGGUGAGAUCCUUCCAUCCCCAACCACUCCACUCGCCACCCCAUCAAGCCCCACAGAUCCCCCCGCUGACAAGAGCCAGAAGAUCGAACUCAAGCGCAGCAUCACCCUCUUCAACGGCGUGGCCAUGAUCAUAGGCACCAUCAUCGGCUCGGGCAUCUUCGUCACGCCGACAGGCGUGGUGAAAGAGACGGGCUCGGCCGGCCUUUCUUUGAUCGUGUGGUCCGUGUGCGGCGUGAUCUCCACCAUGGGGGCGCUUUGCUACGCCGAACUGGGCACCACCAUCACCAAGUCCGGGGGGGACUACACAUACAUCCUGGAGAUCUACGGCGAGCUGGCAGCCUUCCUCAAACUGUGGGUGGAGAUGCUCAUCAUCCGGCCGUCGUCGCAGUACGUUGUGUCGCUGGUGUUCGCCACGUACCUCCUGAAACCGAUCUACCCCAACUGCAGUGUGCCCGACAGUGCCGCCAAGCUCAUCGCCUGCCUCUGCCUCACUUGCCUUACCUUUGUCAACUGUAUCAGCGUGAGGGCCGCCACCAAGGUCCAAGAUUUGUUCACGGCCUCCAAGUUGCUCGCCCUGGUCAUCAUCAUCCUCUUUGGCUUCAUAGAGAUCUUUACAGGUGAUGUGCCUUACUUGCAGCCAGAAAAUGCAUUUGAAGGCAGCAAAUUUGGUGUGGACAAUAUUGUCUUGGCUCUGUACAGUGGUUUAUUUGCUUUUGGAGGCUGGAAUUACCUGAAUUACGUUACAGAGGAGAUGAUCAAUCCAGAGAGGAACCUGCCCCUCUCAAUCAUCAUCUCCAUGCCCAUCGUAACGGUUGUUUACGUUCUCACCAACCUGGCCUACUUCACAACCAUUUCUCCCGAGGAGAUGGUCAAUUCUGAGGCUGUCGCCGUAAGUUUUGGGGAGUACCAUCUCGGUGUGAUGUCUUGGCUAAUUCCAGUGUUCGUGGGGCUGUCUUGCUUUGGAGCUGUCAAUGGGUCCUUGUUCACCUCGGCACGUUUGUUCUACGCUGGAGCUCGCGAGGGUCAACUUCCCGCUGCUCUGGGAUUGGUCCACACUGACCUUUUCACACCGGUGCCGUCCCUCAUCUUCACAUGUCUGCUGUCUAUGAUGUACGCCAUCUCUCAGGACAUCUUCUCUGUCAUCAACCUGUUCAGUUUCUUCACUUGGCUCUGUGUCGGCAUGGCAAUCGCUGGGAUGCUGUGGCUACGUUUCAAACAACCCAACCGCCGAAGGCCAAUAAAGGUGUGUUUGUUCAUCCCCGUGAUUUUUGUUCUGGGCUGCAUCUUCAUGAUCGCCGUGUCCUUUUGGGCGGCUCCCUUUGAGUGCCUGAUCGGCUGCGGCAUCAUUCUCACGGGCAUCCCCGCCUACCUGCUGGGCUACAAGUGGAAGAAACCGCAUGUGGUCAAUAAGAUGCUCGAAAUCUUCACCAUGUUCUGCCAGAAGAUCUUCCUGGCCGUCCCAGAGGAGAAAUAGCAACAGGAGGAGUCUGAAUAAGGCUGGACAGAUAUUUUUUGUUUACAUCAUUGUGUUAUUUGGUCUUUUUUUUAAGGGGUCCAGGGGCGAUGGUUUGCAAUCUUGGGUCAAGGAGGGUUUAUUACUGUAUGCACUUGUGUACAAAGUGUGUAAGCUAACGUCUCUGUCACAUUUUUGACAGUUUGUCAUGAAGAACACGCUUGUUGCUUCAUGUUUAGGUUUUACCGUGCACAGUUGUGUUCAGUGUAUACUGCAAAAAGCUGCAUACAAACGCACAACAAUAGUGGCCUAAAAUAUAGGUUAUUAUGGCUCUGUUCACACUGAAGGGUACGACGUCCUUUUCUGAUUAUUUUCAAUCCCAUCUUUUGAUAUUGUUACAAAAGAAAAAUGCGGUCUAAGAUUGACGGAUGUGUACAAAACAUGACGGAAGUAAACACUGCUCCGAUUUCUGUAUGUCUCAGUCGUAGCUAUACGGUAACUCGACGUGCAUACGUGGUGGCCAUCUUAGCAGGGGCCACAUUCCCAUUUAAAGCAAUGUUUGGCUCGAAGUGGUGGUCAAGCAAGCGUCUGUUGUCAAAGCGUUCUGGGCGGCAUUUUGCCUUUCUCAGAGAAAAAUGCCCUAUGCUCGUGUUGUUUUAGUCUGUUAGAACUUUUCAAAUCGAGGAAAGGAUAAUACAUUUCUUCAGAGUUCCUCGAGAGGUAAUCAAGAAGGGCGAAAGAUAGCAAGAUUUCACGAAUCGACGAGAAAUGCACAAGUGUUGAGUGAUCUCUGCGUUAAAGGUUUGUUUGUUUAAUAUUUCCAAUGUAUUAGGUUUUUUUUAAACACCUUUUUGCUACGAGUGUUUCGUAAAACACCAGCCGGGUGAGUCUAAAUAAAAGAAAGCAAAAGGUGAGCAAAACUAAAAGAGUUAAGUAAUCCAAAGAAGUUCAUUAGGUCUUCAAAAAAUGAUGCAAUUUGUUAUUCUUCUAGCCAGAUCUGUGUGUUUGUUUCCGUACCUGACGGUUUCAGCUAAAACUUGCUUUCCAUCACGUGACAACCUCUGAGGAAGGCGAAACCGUCAGGUACGGAAAAAAAACUCACAGGUCUGGCUAAAAGAAUAACAAAUUGUAAAAGAGUUAAGCUUUUACCAAAGGCAGCAAUCAUAAAUGAAGCUUUGAGCACAUACACAACACUGAGAUCUAUAGUUAUAUUUUGAUAAAUACCAAUUUCCUUGGCCCGGCCUUGCACAAAGAAGUUGUAGACCUCCGUGCUUUUCCAGGCUUUCAUCUGUUUUGUCGUGUAGAAUGAUAUCUGGAGCACCAGAUAGUUCGACAUGCCUGGGAAUGCGACGGACGGAUAAUCCUUGAGAUCACUCGACAAAUCUUUGUUAAUAAAGUAUAGGGAUCAAUUCUAUUGCAUAGUUAAGAUUUUUUGCUCGUAUCUGCUUUUAGCGGGCCCCUUGCUUACUGGGAUAGUUUGCACACUGUUGGUUUGGUUGACCACCACUUCGUUCACCGGACGUAAACAGGUAAGAAAAAGUCACUUGACUAAAUACAAAGAAUACAAUGCGUUGUAUACUGAUAUACUAAUCAAUCAUAACUUGCUUUAUUCCAUUUUUAUGCAAUUUACUUUAUUGUUAUUGUAAAAAUACACAUUUUUUUGUAACCUAUGAAACACUACUGCCAAUGUAAACUCUACGGUGUAUUUUUCAACCGUACCACCAUUCUUGUUGUCUUGGUUUCGGUGCCGUCUAAAACAAUGGAACAUUUUGGCACUUAGCCCUUAUGGGUGUGACCUGUCGACAGUAGUUCAUAUGGCCCAGAAAAGGGCCAUAUGAAAAGAAAAAAGGGGGCAGUUAAUCAUUUUGAAAUGUGUUUUUGUUGAAAAUGAUGGAAAGCACCACUCAACUCAGCAACUGACGCUGUGGUCAAAGUUGGAAUUGCCUCAAAACAUAUUUAAGAUAUUCAACACUCCACUGCCACCUGGCGGCUAAAGCAGAUAAAGCACUCCCCCAAUAUUGUCAUGUUUCAUGUGUCAGGUAAACCGUGACGAAUAGGCCCAUAUGAAUGAACUUCCUGUAUAUGUAUAGAUUUAAUCAUAUGACACGUUUAUGUGACGGUUCUUGUGACCAAAAUAAUCACGGUUAUUUCUAUUAUCACAGUAUUGUUGAAUCUGCUCAAAAGACACUGACAUCUUUGAAUCAAGUUUUAUUAAAAAAACAAGAUAAAAUAGGCAACACACAAAGAAAAUAUACUUUCCUUGGUAGCGAAAAUACUGUUUUUACUCCUGAGUGUUUUUUUUAAUGAAAAAAGGCAAAACUGGUGUACCGGUAGUUUGAAAAAGACAAAUACACAAAUGUGUCUUGCAUUUCUGUUAUCUAGCGAUUAGCGUGCAAGUGAUGAGCAGUAUCACAGUGUUGUGAAUUUCUUUUUAAGUACGGCAAUCAAUCAGACUUUUACGAUAAUAAAAAUUUGAAAGGCUAAUACCGUAUUUUUCAGAGUAUAAGUCGCUCCGGAGUAUAAGUCGCACUGGCCAAAAAUGCAUAAUAAAGAAGGAAAAAAAACCAUAUAAGUCGCACUGGAGUAUAAGUCGCAUUUUUGGGGGAAAUUUAUUUGAUAAAACCCAACACCAAGAAUAGACAUUUGAAAGGCAUUUUAAAAUAAAUAAAGAAUAGUGAACAACAGGCUGAAUAAGUGUACAUUAUAUGAGGCAUAAAUAACCAACUGAGAACGUGCCUGGUAUGUUAACGUAACAUAACAUGGUAAGAGUCAUUCAAAAAACUAUAACUUAUAGAACAUGCUAUACGUUUACCAAACAAUCUGUCACUUCUAAUCGCUAAAUCCCAUGAAAUCUUAUACGUCUAGUCUCUUACGUGAAUGAGCUAAAUAAUAUUAUUUGAUAUUUUACGGUAAUGUGUUAAUAAUUUCACACAUAAGUCGCUCCUGAGUAUAAGUCGCACCCCCGGCCAAACUAUGAAAAAAACUGCGACUUAUAGUCCGAAAAAUACGGUACUAACUGUCUGUAAUUUGUAAAUUGUUACAUCCAUACAUAUCGCAUUUAUGAGCACAUUCAAAAGAGGGCAGGGUCGGAUUUGAAAUAAAUCUGAAUCGUAGUGAUCACACUGGCAUGAACAAAUGCGAUACAAGUGAGAAAAAACAUAGCUUUUGCUUGCUUGAGUUGUGUCACAAUUUACGAGGCACAAAAAUUUAACAUUCUUCAUGGAAAUAAUUUCUAUUUAAUCAAUUUAAUAGUAUUAAUAUGCCCCCUGACAGCUUGUAGACAAUAGCAUUGUCGCAUCACGGCGACCUUUGUGAACCCAUUUUUUUUAGACCAAAAAACACAUUACCACUAACCUUAGCGCGACCGUUAACAAGAAUAACAAGACAAUACUGCUGAUUAUAAAAAGUCAGGGUGUGUUUAGUCGUUACUAACAUGAAGUAUUAUUAACAUAUUUGUAUUUAUUUUAUUCGCUAAGCUGAAAUGUGCUGGUGUGUGGCGCUGAGUUGAAGCACAAACUGUACAGUGAACUGAAAUGUUUGUUAUUUGAUAUCAUGCUGCUGUGUUUAUCCACUGUAACGUGACAACAAAUCUCGUGAUGGACAUUUAAAUAAAUAAUGAUCAAUUCAUUGAUUAAUUGGCAUCAGAAAAUACUAAAAGGACAGGAACAACUUCUCAAAUUUUAUGAACCUUUACAUCGCUCGAAAUAUGCUUCUGUGUGCGGACCAUGUCUCAGUGCACGAACGCUUCAUUCAUUCUUUCAUUUUGCAUGCCGCUUGAAGCCAUUUUAAAGAAGAGGCAGGGCCCCUAUGUCACAUCCUGUACACACGGGCGCAGCCAUUUCGAAGAGCUUCGACGGCGCUCUGCACUUCUGACGUGUUUAUUUCCGCAAUUGUAAUACCUUGCGCCGGUCAGAGCUGUGUCAGCCAGUAUUAGAGAUCACUUUGUGUGAUCAGAAACACUUUAAAUGUGUCCAAACUCUCACGGUGUCCCUGUAUAACUUUGGGGUAGCUCGACAACCGCUUUGAGCUAGCAUUUUAGCUAGUUAGCCUCCGGUUUGUGGCCCCUUCAGUUCAAGGAUUUAACAGCGAAGGGUUCCCUUUUUGCAGCAAGUCUUUAAUUGUGAUGAGACCCAAAAAGCUGCCACAGCAGACCUUUAGUACAGUGAAGGAGAAGGCACUACCGGGACACAAGCCGAUGAAGGACCGCUUCACACUGCUAGAUUGUGCUAACGGUAGCAGUGACUACGUGAAUGCCACCGCUUGUUUAUCACUCCGAAACCCCCAGUGGGUUAAAAAAAAAAAAUUUACAUACACGAGGUAAAAUGCUUUUCCUUUUUUUGUUUCUUAUUCUAGCAACAUGGUGGUUAACGUUUUGGUUACACCAACAAGACUUUUGUGUGUAUAUGUAUGUAUGUAUAUAUGUGUGUGUAUAUAUAUAUAUAUAUAUAUAUAUAUAUAUAUAUAUAUAUAUAUAUAUA